CUUCUUAGAUUUAAAAGAAUUUCCAUUGGAAAUUUAAAUUUUCAAGUAACUCUGAUGCUUCAGGAAGCUUAGCCAUUAUUAUCUUUUUAGAGAUAUGUGAGGUUCAGAGUAGGUAUCACCUCUGCUCAAUCUCACACACAUAAUAUUGCAGUCUCUCACAAUUUCUAAAUUCAGAUCACAACCACACACUGUCUUCCAUCCAGAUCUUAACUUGCAUAAGUUGCAUUCUAACACAAAAACACCUUUACCAAAUCUCUUGCAUGACCUCCCACUCAAUCAUACUCAAAACAUCAAAGUCACAACGUUAUAAUCACCAGCCCUUUUACUGCCAUAUGCAGAGACUUGGGUACAGUCACAAACCACUUUCACAUACUUUAUAUAUUUCACUCAACACCCCUCCCAGUGAUAGGCUCAAGUGCAAACCAUCUAAGGUACAGUCACAAACCACAUGUUCUCACAGAUACUAUAUUUCCUCACACUUAAGAGAUGGAGCUUCUGGCCUCAGCAAGAUUAAAAAGCUUUACCAUAGAUGUGUCCCUUAUCGCAGAUAAUCGUACUAGUUUCCACCCCUCUGGAUUAAUUCCAGCCUGUCACACACACUUAGACACACAAUGUCACCUCACACACACACACCCCACCCACGAACGGCUCAGGACCAGCUCGCCUGCCCCAGGGAUCUGUGAUUCAUCCACUGGGUCCCUCCUAGUUCCAACAGACCAGCUUCCUCCCUUCGCUGGUGAAAUUAACCUGCGGACACUCGCCACACCUAAACCCUUCCGGUAGUCAUAGAUGGACCCAGCACAGACAGCCUUCCACAGAACGUUGUGAGGUCACUGCCAGCAUAGCCAGCCGCGCCACUCGCAAGCAUGCAUAAUCAAUCACACGGUCUCAAAGCACCACUGACAGGUAAGUCACAUCACAUUUUGCCACCUCACAAUCACUGCACGUGGCCGAGCUCACUGCUUGAACCUACACGAAUAUGUAGCACAUCCACUUUCACAUACAGAUUUCCUCACGCAUGACACCCUCACAGUCGGUGUCACAUAAUCAUCUGCCUGUCGAUGAGACGCACCCCCGCGUACGUAACGGACUCACAGAAUACAUCUCGCAUCGCAACCGCGGAGAGAACCAUCCAGAGGCUGGAUCACUCCGCACCAGACAACAGUUCUCUUAAGCCCGCGAACGUGCACAUUGGGAGGGUCGGGACAGCCACCGUGUCAGGUUUGAAAUCCGUCCCCAGAGAAGUCUGAGGUUCCGAAUUCAGACCCCAAACCCAGGUGUGAGCCACGCAAACUGGGUGGUUGUGUCGUCACUCCAAGCCCGAGUGAAACAGCGCAGGUGCGGCCGGAAGUCGGGCGGAAGACCUACCUCUUUAGCCUCCCGGGCUCCUUCCUCUAGGACUAAGUUUCCCAGAGGACACGGCUUUCCAAAGCUACUUCCGGUCAGAACGUCGGUUGAAUGGUCGGCCGCAGAGGCAGUUGAGGGCUUCCCCUUACGGGUAGAGUAGGCAGGGCUCGGCGUGCGGCUUCGCCGGGAAGUCCAAUCAGAACUUGGACCAGAGCUCCUCCUGAGGAUGCUGAAGCAACACUUUCUUUGGACUGUGAAUUUCUUCUAAAGUGGAACUAAGAAGACAACUAAUAAAUACAUUGAAUUCUAAAAAAAAAGCCAUGGCCCAUGGGUUGGUGAUGUUCAAAGAUGUGGCUAUAGAUGUCUCUCAGGAGGAAUGGGAAUGCCUGAACCCUGCACAGCGGAAUUUGUACAAAGAUGUGAUGUUGGAGAACUAUAGCAACUUGGUUUCACUGGGACUUUCUAUUUCUAAGCCAGCUGUGAUAUCCUCAUUGGAGCAAGGGAAGGAGCCCUGGAUGGUUAUGAGGGAAGUGAUAGGAGACCAGUUCCCAGACUUGGUGUCCAAGUGUGAGGCCAAGAAGUUAUCUCCAAAAAGAAACAUUUAUGAGACAGAAUCAUCCCAAUGGGCUAUCAUGGAACCAUUUAAAAGCCAUAGUCCUGAGAAAUCCAUUUUCAGAGAUAUUUGGGCAUGCGAAAGUCAGUUUGAGAGACAACAGGGAAAGCAGAAGGGCUAUUUCAGGCAGUUUAUUAUCAACCAUGAACACAUGCCCAUUUUUAGCCAACAUAUUUUGUUCACUCAGGAAUUUUAUAAUAGACAGAAAAUCUUUGAAUGUAAAGAAUGUAGAAAAAACUUCAGUUACAAUUUAUUCUUUAGUCAUCACAAAACUCAUUCUAAAGAAAAACUUUCUGAAUGUAAGGUAUGUGCAGAAACUGUUGAUACAUCAUACCUUACUAAACAACAGAGAAUUCAAAACAGUAACAAGUGCAAUGAAUGUUGGAAGGCCUUUAUUCAUUGCUCACAACUUAAACAACAUUUGAGAAUUCAUAAAGGUGAAAAACACUAUGAAUGUAAAGAAUGUGGCAAGGCCUUUUAUUAUGGCUCAGAACUUAUUCUACAUCAGAGAAUUCACACUGGUGAGAAACCUUAUGAAUGUAAGGAAUGUGGGAAGGCAUUUAGGCAGCGAUCACAGCUUACUCAACAUCAGAGACUUCAUACUGGUGAAAAACCCUAUGAAUGUAAGCAAUGUGGGAAGGCUUUUAUUCGUGGCUUUCAACUUACUGAACAUCUGCGGCUCCAUACUGGUGAGAAACCCUAUGAAUGUAAAGAAUGUGGAAAGACUUUCAGACAUCGAUCACACCUUACAAUACACCAGAGAAUUCACACUGGUGAGAAACCCUAUGAAUGUAGAGAAUGUGGAAAGGCCUUUAGCUAUCACUCAAGCUUCUCUCACCAUCAGAAAAUUCAUUCCGGCAAAAAACCUUAUGAAUGUAGUGAAUGUGGGAAGGCCUUUUGUGAUGGCUUACAACUUACUGUACAUCGGAGGAUUCAUACUGGUGAGAAACCCUAUGAGUGUAAGGAAUGUGGGAAGGCUUUUAGGCAGUGCUCACACCUCAAAAGACAUCAGAGAAUUCACACUGGUGAGAAACCUCAUGAAUGUAUAUGUGGUAAGGCCUUUAGACUUCAUUCACACCUUAUUCAACAUCAGAGAAUUCAUACUGGUGAGAAGCCGUUUGAAUGUAAGGAAUGUGGAAAGACCUUUAGCUAUCAUUCAAGCUUCUCACACCAUCAGAGAAUUCAUUCUGGGAAGAAACCAUAUGAAUGUGGGAAGGCCAUUAACCAUGGCUUACAAUUUAAUGUACACCAGACACUUCAUACUGUUGAGACUUCAGUAAGUUUUCCUCUCUCCCCAUCCUAAGUCUAGUAUCAUGAAAUUAUUUUUGGGGAUAUACUUUUUUCUUCUUUAAGGAAAUGUUGGUAAAAUACUGGGUUUCAUUAGUAUUGAUUUAUUUUAGUAAUCUUUGAACUCUUUUUUUUUCAAGUGGGAAAAUGGAAAAGUUAUUAAAAGGAAAAAAUUGCUCUGGUAUCAGUGCUAUUUCUGAAUUAUUGUAAUGAUCAAUACUGGAAAUAAAUUUUAUAAAACUAUUUGUUUUCACUGAAACCAGUGAAGUGGGGCAGAAAUAAAAUGAAAACAAUUUCUUCCCCUUCCACAAAUCUCUGAAAUAACCAAUAUGUAUGUGUGUUGCUUCUUUCUUUGUGCUCGAACAUAUCUGCACAUAUGAAGGGUUUAUUGGAUGUCUGUGAAAGGAUUUACCCCCUAUAGUGACAUAUUUCUUGGCAUUUUGCCCUUUACACUUAAAUAAUCAUGGACAUUUUCCCAGGCCAAUACUGUAGAUCUGACUCAUUCUUUCUAAAGUUUCAGAAUAUUUCUACUAUGGGAUGUAUGCCAGUAUUUUGAGCCAUUCCCUACUGUAGACAUUCAAAUUGUUUCUACUUCUUUUUCACCAGAAAUGAUCGUGCAAUAAACAUUCUUAGAUUGUCAUUCUUAUGUUUCUAUUGGCAGAUUCCCAACCAUGAAAGUGUGUGUCUGUUCUGUUGUUACAUUAAUUUUGUAGUUUAAAAAAAUGGGAAAUAAAAGCAGAUACUAUAAAAGUUCAAAAGUUACCCAAAAUAACGUGAAAAUAAAAUCUUCCCUAAUAUCUAGUCCUAUAACCAUCUGCUUUCCCUACACAGGGGUAGCUAUAGCUGUCACUUCUUUUGUAUUCUUCCAGGAAUUAAAUUUUAAAAAUUCUUUGGACAAAAGUGGAUUAAUCAUAGUCCAUGAUUCAUGAUGUUCUCAUCAGUCCACAUUUUAGCCUACUUUUAUUUAAUUUUAAUGUAUUAGAAGGAUUUAUAA